AUGAUGUCCCACUCUUCAAGCAAAGCGAGGAUGUGGCUGGUGCUAGCUCUGAUGUCCGUGGUCCAUGGGAUGGUAUCCGGGCAGUGUCUCUUUAAUUUUCAUUAUUCCAAGAAUCCAGAAGUGCAGAUGAACAUCAGUGAAAUGGUGUCCUUCUCAGGAUACCCCAGCGAGGAGUAUGAUGUGGUAACAGAAGAUGGCUAUAUCCUUCAGCUAAACAGAAUUCCUUACGGGAGAGGAAAUGUUGGAAGCCAAGGUCCAAGGCCUGUCGCGUUUCUGCAGCACGGUUUAUUUGGAGAAGGCAGCAUAUGGGCUACCAGUUUGGCCAACAACAGCCUGGGCUUCAUUUUCGCAGAUGCUGGCUACAAUGUUUGGAUAGGCAACAGCAGAGGGAACACUUGGUCCAAGUGACAUCUGGUCCUCUCUCCCAGAUGGGAGGAAUUCCGGGCUUUCAGCUUUGAUGAAAUGGCUAAAUAUGACCUCCCAGCAAUUAUAAACUUUACUGAACAGAAAACAGGAGAGAUACAGUUAUAUUACGUUGGUCAUUCACAAGGCACCACUAUAGCUUUUAUAGCAUUUUCCACUAUGCCUCAGCUGGCUCAGAAAAUCAAGAUGUACUUUGAUUUGGCACCUGUGGCCACAGUUAUAUUUGUUCAAAGUCCAUUUAAAAAGCUUGUAUUCUUUUCUGACUAUGGGCUUAAGGAGAUGUUUGGCACCAAAGAGUUCCUGCCACACACUGCCUUGGGUGAGCUGGUCCUUUCGAAGUUCUGUGCCUGCUCAAAGACCUGCAAAAGCUUCUUGUCUAUGCUCUUUGGAUUUAACUGGAAGAACAUAAACAUGGUAUGUAGGAUCGAUGUGUACGCGGCACACUCCCCAGCGGGGACUUCAGUGCAAAACGUAAUCCAUUUGCUGCAGGGAGUUCAAAGCGGUGCACUGAGAGCUUAUGAUGGGGGAGGCAUGUAUAACAGUCUUAGCUAUAGACAGGUAAGUCCACCACACUAUGACCUGAAAGACGUGAAAGUGCUGACGGCCAUUUGGAGCGGUGGAGUAGACUGCCCGUCUGAUCCCCGGGAGGUUGCCUCCCUGCUCCCCCAGGCCAGGAACCUGGUCUACCACAAGGUGAUUCCCCAGUGGAACCACCUGGAUUUCCUACUGGGGCUUGAUGCAACCGAGGUUUUGUACCAGGAAAUCAUUAACAUGAUGAAGAGGCGUCCGUGA